GAAUUAACUGGGGGUGGUUCUCUGGCCUGUGGUACCCAGGAGCUCGGCCUUCUUCCCUCCUGGCCUGGGAAUCUACCAAUGUCUGCCAUGACUUCUUGGAAUCCGUCUUCUCACUCUGGUGCCACCCAGGGGACAGGAAUACAAAGUGGGCAGUGGGGGCCGGGGGCUCAGCCAGAGCCGGGCCGCCCGGUGCAGCUGGUGCGUCUGGACGAGGGAGGGAACUUGACCCUGGACGAGGAGGCCCUGAGCCGCUGCCUGGAGCAGGGUGAGGUGGGAAACUCCCCCGUCUGCCUGGUGUCCAUCACCGGGGAGCAGCGCCAGGGAAAAUCCUUCCUGCUGAACUGCCUGCUGCGCCGGCUCCACAACCUGGAGGCUGCGGGUGCGUCAUGGAUGGACCGAGAGGACCAGGUUCUGAGGCAGUUUGAGUGUGACAAUGGGAUGGCGAACGUGACGAAGGGGGUGUGGAUGUGGGACCAGCCCCUCUGGGUCCAGGCCCCGGGAAGGAGGGUGGCCGUGUUCCUGGUGGAUACCGAGGGCUCCCUGGACCUGCAGCGCCGCAUGGAGACCAGCAUCAAGCUCUCUGUGUUCAGCAUAAUGCUCAGCUCCUACUGGAUUUUUAACAUUUCCCGCAGAUUUAAGAGGACGGAGGCAGAUUAUUUGGAGCAGCCAGCGUCGCUGACCCCGGGGGCGGCUGGAGCCACGGCUGGUGGGCUGCCCUGGGGACGGCCCGAGCAGCAGCCGAUGGGGGCGGACCCCGGGGGCCCCACAGAGCAGCAGUGCUCUGGAGGCCCCCCCAG